AUGGGAUCUGACGCCAUCCCUGGAGACUGGAAGGAGGGGCACUUGCGCAUUGGAAGCGAACCCGUGAUUGACCGCGGCUCUGGCUCAAAAAGUGACGACGUCGAGCUGCCAGAUCGAACACCGGACAGAUCCAACAAGGGACCUGGUGGUCGACGAUUUCCGCGUCUUGGUCUCGACGCCUUGUUUCACGAAUCGCGUCCCUCUCAAGACCUGAACGGGGAUGGCACCGUCGAGUUCUUCAAGGUGUACAAGAGGAGGUGGUUUGGCCUGGUCCAGCUGACCCUUCUCAACAUCGUCGUGAGCUGGGAUUGGUUGACUUUUUCACCCGUGGUCUCCAGCGCCGCAGAGUAUUUCAACACCAAUGAGAGCAGCAUCAACUGGCUCUCCACCGCCGUCCUACUGUCUUUUGUCGUCAUCGCCCCCGUGGUCAUCUACGUCCUUCACUGGGGCCCCAAGCCGUCCAUCAUCAUCUCCUCAACCCUCAUCCUCAUAGGCAACUGGAUCCGCUAUGGCGGCACCCGUACCUCGCCUCCCAGCUUUGGCUUGGUCAUGUUCGGCCAGAUCCUCAUCGGCUUCUCGCAGCCCUUUGUCCUGGCGGCGCCGACGAGAUACUCGGAUUUGUGGUUUACCAACCGUGGUCGUGUGGCGGCCACCGCCAUAAUGUCUCUAGCGAAUCCGUUUGGUGCUGCCAUCGGGCAGUUGAUCAUGCCUUUCUGGGUCUAUUCGGCAGGUGACGUGCCCAAUGCCGUCUUAUACGUGGCUAUCAUUGCCACCGUCUGCGCCCUACCCUCGUUCUUCCUCCCCGCGAAGCCGCCCACGCCACCCGCUCCCUCUGGUGAGACUUCGAAGCUCUCUAUCCCCACCUCGGCACGCAUCCUCAGCCGCUCCCCGGAGUUCUGGAUGCUCUUCAUCCCGUACGCUGUCUACGUCGGCUUCUUCAACUCCAUCUCCUCGCUGCUCAACCAGAUGAUGGAGCCCUACGGCUUCAACGACACCGACAGCGGCAUCGCGGGCGCUAUCCUUAUCGUGGUCGGCCUUGUCUCUGCGGCCAUCACCUCGCCGAUCCUGGAUCGCACCAAGUCCUUCAUACUGGCCAUCAAGGUCGCCGUCCCCACCACGGCCGUGUGCUACCUCAUCUUCAUCUGGAUGCCGGCCACCCGCGACAUAGCGGGCCCGUACGUCGUGCUGGCACUCCUCGGCGCCGCGAGCUUUAGCCUGGUCCCCGUCGCCUCGGAGCUGCUGGUCGAGCUGACGCACCCCGUCAGCCCCGAGGUGACCAGCACGCUGGCGUGGUCCGGGGGCCAGCUGCUGGGCGCUAUCUUCAUCAUCGUCUCGGACGCGCUCAAGGACGGGCCCCGCGCCGACCCGCCCUUCAACAUGACGCGGGCGCUGAUCUUCCAGGCCGUCAUAGCCCUUGCCAUCAUGCCAAUCCCUCUGUGCCUGGGCCUGUUCGGGCGGGGCGAACAGGUCCGUCUGAGGAGGGUGGAGACCGAUCGGGACCGGCUGGCUGCUCAGAACGCUGCUGCCGCAUCAGGGGGCCCUGGGGAUGGGAAUGCGUGA